UCUGGAUUUGCUGUACGCUCUGAAAGUCUCCCAUCUUGUAAAUUUCCACAAAUUCUUUCAGGAAAGCCCAAGGUGUAUCAAGGUGUUAGAGUAAAGAUUACGGUUAAGGAGUUACUGCAGCAGAGGAGAGCACGACAAGCAGCAACUGGUGCAGCGGAAAAAGUGAAAAGUGGCAGUGCAGGAGGUUACCUUUGUGAUCUGCAAAAGGUUUCUUGGGGCAGCAGCAUCCAGUUUUCAGAGUCUGUGUCUCCUCACCCAGCACCUUUUGAUGCAGAACCCAUCUCUUCCGCUCCCAACUAUUGUCCAUCGUGGCAGUUUUCGAAUUGCCUCUCCUGCGAAGAAAGCCCUAGCUAUUUGGAGCAGCUGGUAGAUUCCUGUCUUCAGACAGAUGUGCCCUUAGACCCAGCCUUCAGUGCUUUCCAGACAUCCUCACACUACACCUCAGAUGCCUUCCAGCCAGUCCCACUCUGCUUUAACCAGGGCCUGGCUCCUGGAUCCCCCAAUUCAGCUGAUCUCUCCAGCACAUUAAACUAUAGCUGCUCUCCUCCUCAGCUAUCUCCUUUCACCCCGCUGACCCACAGCCCACCCUCUGCUCUGGACGCCAAGACCUAUGACUACCCUGCAGAGGAGUGGUCCUGCCAUACCCCCUCCCCAUACACCACCUCUGCCUGCUGCUGCACCGCCUGUGGCUCCCAGCAUGUGGAUGACGGGGUCCCGCAGUACUUCCCCUGCCCCAGCACGGACUGCACGGACUACCUACCGCCCAUGGCCAUGGCCGACGACUUCUUCAGAAGGGAUAGGAACUGUGACAUCUGCUAUAGCUAAUGGGGACUGUGGUUUUACACAUCCACUGUAUCCAAAUCAGAUUAAUUGCCCAUGAACUAUGCAAAGUUGCACUGCCUAACACAGUCCAGUUUAUUCUUCACUACUCACAUAUUUUCUACAUGAUGUUUUCACUACAUUAAUCCUCCUGUCUUGUAUGGUCAGGCGUGUUUUGUUGUUGUGGUGGUGGUUUGGGUGGUUUUUCCCCUGUUUGUUUUUGUUGUUGUUUUUAAAAAAUCCUAAACUGCCUUAUCAAACACAUGUCAUUAAACCAGCUCUUUUUGAUACAAAUAAAUAACUUGGUAUGCAUGCUGAAGCCUCUUCAUUCCUCACGUGCUAAAUGUCAGUGCUUUUCUCUUCUGCUAACAAUCUAGGAUCCUGGCCCUGUUCUCACAAAGGUGAGGCAGAGAGACUCUCAGCAACCUAUACAAGGAGCAACUACUCAGCAGUAUGAAAGGUCUUGCUUACCAUUUCCAGCAGAUAAAAAGUAUUUUUGCAUCUCAGCACGCAGCACACUAUUCAGAGAGGAAGCUGUGCAGCACCCUGCUCUGAGAUGGAUCUGCACCUUCUUAGACACUGCUUCUGCUCAGGCUGCCAUGAUGAUACUCUGUAGCGGUUCUUGCAGAAAAGGAAAACCAGUUUUCCAUGCGAGCUCAGGGCUUAGCCCCUGAGCCAUGCGCCAGAAAGGCCUCUCGGGCCUGCACGGAGGGUGAAUGCAGUGCCAGACUUCUUUGGCUGCUGCUCAACACCAGCUUCCCCGUGAAGGCAGAGUUUCAGUGAGAGGCUGAUGUAGUUCAGUAGCCCUUUGUAUAGUUUGGUCCGUUGAUAGCAGGUUUUCUCCACCUUUCAGCAUAAUCAACUGAACAGGAGAUAAAUGAUUAUUUUUUUAAAGUAGAUAAUGGGGAAGUUAUGUAAGAAAGGCAGGUAUUGCUUUUGCAGAGGAGAAAAGCCAUUCCCAUCAGUGGUGGCAUGACAAGGGAAUAACCAAGACAAAGAGGCUCCAGCAAACGCUUGUAGAACAUCUCUUAUCACACAGACAAAAGGACAAACUGAUUCCUACUGGAUUAGUGUCUAGAAGGGCAGUCAAACAUUUAACCAGGGCUAAUGGCAUUGAGCAAUCUUUUACCAAAAAGGAAAGAAAUAAACUAGUCAGACAAUCCCUUUAGGUGUAGCAUGAAGAGAAGUAAACAGAGGCGGGACAUGCGGGAAGAAUUUUAGGCACCUCGGACAGACUGUGAACCCUGGAGUACCCAACCAAUGGGAAACAGGGGAGGGAAAAAUUCGGCCGGGAUUAGGAAAUAAAAAGGUGUGUUUCAAGAACUGAAAGUGUGCCUACUUGCUAGGUCACCCGCUCUUGCAAGAACGUGAAUAAAAGUGUGCUUC